ACCAACUUUUCUUUCUUCUUCUUACUCCAUCACAUCACAUUGAUUUUAAGAUUUUUUUCUUUCCCUUUAAUCCAAAGCUUCCUCUUCGUUUUAUUAGAACCAAUCUUCCAUCUCUUUUCUAAGUUAGCAAUGGCUGUUGGUGAGGUCAUGAGGAUGGAGAUUCCCGCCAGUGGAGAUUUGUCAGUUACUUCGCCGGAGUUACAUGUUCUAGCUGUUGAUGAUAGUAUUGUGGAUCGUAAAGUCAUUGAGAGAUUGCUAAGAAUCUCUGCCUGUAAAGUGACUACUGUGGAGAGUGGGACUAGGGCUUUGCAGUAUCUUGGAUUAGAUGGAGACAAGGGAGCUUCUGGCCUUAAUGAUUUGAAGGUGAAUUUGAUAGUGACAGAUUACUCAAUGCCAGGACUAACAGGAUAUGAUCUUCUCAAGAAGAUUAAGGAAUCUUCUGCUUUCAGAGAAAUACCAGUUGUGAUUAUGUCAUCUGAGAACAUCUUACCUCGUAUAGAACAAUGUCUGAAAGAAGGAGCAGAGGAUUUUCUGUUAAAACCCGUGAAACUAGCUGAUGUAAAGCGAAUAAAAGAACUAAUAAUGAGAAAUGAGGCAGAAGACUGUAAAACUAUAAGCCAUUCUAACAAGAGAAAGCUUGCAGAAGGCAUUGAUACACCAUCACCGUCAUCAUCAUCAAGUCAUGAUUAUUCUUCUGUCAAGGACUUUCCAUCUUCAAAACGGAUGAAAUCAGAAUCUGAAAACCUUUCAUCUCUCCUUUGAAAUCUAUAUAUAUAUAUAUAUAUAACUAUAUAAGCCAAGAUCUUAGCUAACACUGUCUGUUAAUAUACCACAUCUCUGUUUUUGGUCAUUC